CCCUAAAAGCUCAGAGGGGAGCCAUCCUUUGCAGGAGGUGGCGGUGAUGAAACAUUCCCCGUUUUCCAAACUUGUUCAAAGAAGAAAAGUGCUCCCUUUCAGAUAGAGAUACCCCACGCUCGAGAUGAGGGCCAGCUGCAAGUAUGGCGAGCGUUUGCCCCGCGUCAAAGAAGAACCUGAACCAGAGGAGCAGUACUACAGACCAUACAGGACACGUUCAUCUAGCACCAACACAUCCACCAACAGUGCCGUUUUGCCCCACAUAAAGGCGGAACCAUUAGAAGACAUGGACAGGCCUUGUUCAAGCAGAACCCGCUCGUCCAAAACAAAAUCCAAUGAAAAACGUAAGAAGCAUGUGAAUGAUGCAAGUGAUGACACCUUUCCGUGUGUUAAGUUGGACGCUGUUGAGAUUAAAUAUGGGCCUUGCCCAGGCAGAAGAAAAGUGUCCGCUGCAAAAUCCCCUGAAGAGUGUAAACGACUGAGGAGUGAUGCCACCACGGUGCACGUCAAGGACGAUCCCAUUGACGAAAAGUUCAAACCUUGCACGGGCAAAAGUCCGUCAUCGAAGGCUAAAUCGUCACCUGACAAACCCGCGGGGUUAAACAAACAGCGUUCCUACGACUGCUCGGAAUGCGGGGCGAGCUUCACUUCGCCGUUACAUGUAAUUUACCACCAGAGACGUUUCUGCUGCACGGAGUGUGGCAGGAUCUGCGCCAACAGGGCCUCGUUGGAGAUCCACCAGAGGAGCCACACCGGAGAAAAGCCUUUCAAGUGCUCCAAGUGCGGAAAACGAUUCGUCUCUAAGGCCGCGCGAACGUCGCACUUAAAGACGCACUCUGAAGAGAUGCCUUACUCUUGCACGACAUGUGGGAAACGUUUUCGAUUCAUUGGCAAUCUCCGUAUUCACCAAAAACUACACGAUGGAGAAAGGCAGUACAGCUGCACACAGUGUGGGUGCACAUUCUUGAGAUCCAGUGACUUGAAGCUCCACACACGGCUACACUCAGGAGAGAGACCUUUUUCCUGUAAAGUGUGUGGAAAGUCGUUUGCUCAGAGUCCUCACCUGAAAACCCACAUGAGAUCCCAUACAGGAGAAAAGCCGUAUCAUUGUGACACGUGUGGAAAAGAUUUCACUCAGUCCAGCCAUCUGAAGGUUCAUAUUCUGAGUCAUACUGGAGAAAAGCCCCAUAAGUGUCUGGAAUGUGGGAAGACCUUCAGGCUGACGAGCAGUCUGAAAGUGCACCAGAGGGUUCACACUGGAGAAAAACCAUAUCCAUGCCCCGGAUGUGGCAAAUGUUUCUCCCAGUGUAGUGAGAUGAAAGGUCACUACAGGCGCAUGCACAGCGAUUCAAAGUCCAAGUGACUGUGAUGCAUGAUGGUCUUCUGGUCAGAUAAACACUAAUGAAAGGAGACCGACUGAAUGUUUCAUCAGAGAACUGUCCUUAUCCUUUCCCCACUGGCAUCUACUGUACGUAGUAGGGGCCUAUUUCUUGUUUGUUACAGGAUGUUAUGAAAUCAUCAGUUGUUUGUGUGUGAAAGGUGGAGGUGGUGCGACUUGUAUGACAUGACUUGACUGAUGGCUGCAUUAAAAUCCAGAUGAAUUCUUUUGA